AUGCCCAUUGCCAUUGUAGGCUUUGGCUGCCGCUUUCCAGGCGACGUUACAAACGGUGAGAAGCUAUGGCAGAUGCUGGUCGAGAAGAAGUCGGCUGGCACCGAAGUACCUCCAGACCGCUUCAACGUUGAUGCAUUCUACAACCCCGAUGGGGAUCGUUUCGGGACGUGCAACAACCGCGGCGGGCAUUAUCUCGCUGAGGAUGUCUCGCUUUUCGAUGCGCCGUUCUUCUCAAUAUCGCCAGCCGAGGCCAUGGCCAUGGACCCCAUGCAGCGGUUAUUGCUCGAGGUGACAUACGAAGCAUUAGAGAACUCAGGAACGCCACUAGCCCGAGUCUCUGGAUCCCAAACUUCAUGUUAUGUCGGUUGCUUCACAAAAGACUACGAGGAGAUGCAACGGCGAGACAUGGAGCUAGCACCCAAGUAUCAGUCAACUGGGGCUUCGCAAACGAUGCUUUCGAACCGCCUGAGCUACUUCUUUAACCUGAAGGGGCCGAGUGUGAGUAUAGACACAGCCUGCAGCAGUGGACUCGUAGCUGUGCAUCUAGCGUGCCAAAGCCUGCGCACUGGUGAAAGCUCCAUGGCGAUCGCAGGAGGAAGUAACCUCAUAUUGAGUCCUGACAUUCAAAUCGAGAUGAGCGACAUGCACUUCCUGAGCCCGGACUCGAUAUCGCACGCCUUCGAUGAUCGAGCCAAUGGCUAUGCGCGAGGAGAAGGUGUUGGCGCAAUCAUACUGAAGCCACUAGAUCUGGCCAUACGCGACAACGACCCCAUUCGAGCCAUCAUUCGCGGCACGGCUGCCAGUUCGGACGGACGAACGCCUGGCAUUACGAUGCCUUCGAAAGACGCGCAGGUCGACCUUAUACGCUCCGCAUAUCGUGCGGCAGGGAUCGACGUAAGCGAGACAGGAUAUUUCGAGGCGCACGGCACGGGAACGGCUGCAGGUGAUCCUAUAGAAAGUGGAGCAAUUGGCGAGGUGUUUGCCACGAGCCGUCCCCACCGCAUCUCUGCGACAACCGAGGAAGUCGUUUCUCUCUCCAUUGGCUCGGUCAAGACAAACAUGGGCCAUUUGGAGGGAGCUAGCGGCAUUGCUGGACUUAUCAAGGCCAUGCUAAGCGUCGAGAAGGGUGUGAUUGCACCAAAUCUCUGGUUUCAACGGGGCAACCCAGCGAUCGACUUCGAAGGAUGGCGGGUCGAAGUGCCCACAGAGCCUAAAGAGUGGCCCCUUGACGGUCUGCGGCGCGCAAGCGUGAACUCCUUCGGUUACGGUGGAACCAAUGCGCACGUCAUUCUUGACGAUGCACAUCACUUUCUUCAACGGUAUCAUCGCUCGGCUCGUCAUAGAAGGAACGAUUCGGGUUUCGUCAGUCCUAUGAGUGAUGAAUCUUUUAGCAGCACACCAAGAUCGCGUCUCUUCCUCCAGUCUGCCAACGAUGAGCGAGGUCUUGUUCAGAUGGGCCAGGACUUGUCGAAACAUCUUCAACGCCAGGAUGUCUUCAACGAGGAGCAGCUACUUGAUAAUCUGGCGUACACGUUGUGCGAACGUCGAUCACAACUUUCCUAUUGCGCCGCGAUUGUUGCGACAGACAAGUCCGAUCUGCAAACCAGAUUGCAGCAAGUAAGACCAAGCUCCGCUAGUGGCGCAGUACCACCGCGGAUAGGCUUCAUAUUCACUGGACAAGGUGCUCAGUGGUGGGGUAUGGGUAGAGAGCUACUCCACUACCCAGUCUUCCGGAAGAGCCUGCAACGAUGCGAGUCUGUCGUGAAUGGGUUAGGUGCAGAGUGGUCACUGAUGGAAGAGUUAUCGAAAGACAAAUCCACCUCCCGGGUCAACGAAGCAACGUUUAGCCAGCCACUUUGCACUGCUCUGCAAAUAGCGUUGGUGGGUUUGCUUGCAUCGUGGAACAUUUGUCCGCAGCGUGUAGUUGGCCACUCCAGUGGUGAGAUUGCUGCUGCAUAUGCCACCGGUGCUCUGAGCCUUGAGUCGGCGAUGACUGUCGCAUACUUCCGAGGCUUGUUGUCGCCGAGAGUCAAGAGUAUGGGUCUUGAGGGACGAAUGAUGGCGGUUGGCCUAUCCGAAGAUGAUGCGAAGACUGAGAUUGCAGAGUUGGCUGAUGGCCUCGGUAAAGCUGUAGUAGCUUGUGUGAACAGUCCGCGCGGGGUCAGCAUCUCUGGCGAUGUUGCUGCCAUUGAGAACUUACAGAAGGCUCUGGAUGCCAAAGGCGUCUUUGCGCGACUGCUUCAAGUCGAUACUGCGUAUCAUUCUCAUCAUAUGCAGGCGAUCGCGGAGGAGUAUCUUGCCCGCCUCCAAGAGACAAAGGUUGCGACAAUCAAGACCAAUGGGCGGAUAACGAUGUACUCUUCCGUGACGGAAGACGUGAUCAAUCCAGACCAGCUCGGUGCCGACUACUGGGUGUCGAACCUCGUCGGUAGCGUCCGCUUCUCCGGAGCGUUGGCCAAGUUGUGUACCUCGGACUCACAGGAUGGCAAGAACGCUGUGGACAUUUUGCUGGAGGUUGGACCACAUGCCUUGCUUAAACUUCCAGUCAAGGAAAUUCUCGACGCUGCAUUCCAUCAGAAACCGCAGAUACAAUAUCUUUCCACUCUUAUCCGCAACAAACCUGCAGACGUUACCGCACUCGAAGCGGCCGGCCAACUAUUCGCCCACCGCUAUCCGAUCGAUCUGCACGCCAUCAAUUUCCCGAACGAGCCCAAGCAGCCACUAUCCGUGCUCACCGAUCUGCCCCAAUAUCCCUGGAACCACACCCGCCGCUACUGGUGGGAGUCGCGCCUUAGCCGAGACUACCGUUUCCGACAGUUUGGUAGGACCGAUAUCUUGGGCGCGCCGGUCAACGACUGGAACCCAAUGGAGCCCAGGUUCCGCAACUUCAUGCGCCUGCGCGAGCAGCCGUGGCUGCGGGAUCAUGUCGUUCAGGGUGAUGUGCUGUUCCCGGCGUGCGGGUAUCUGUGCAUGGCUAUUGAGGCUUGUCGGCAGAUGUGUAAGAUCUCACCGUCUACCUUCCUUCCGCAGGGCGUUAGUAGUGCGGCGGAAUAUCGACUUCGCGAGGUCAAUAUUUCGAGAGCGCUCGUUGUACCGGAGGCUGAUGAGGGGGUUGAGACUUGUUUGUCGAUGAAAUGCAACACCAGCCCAGAUGGGUCAUCUUCGGAGAUCUGGCACGACUUUCGCAUCUUCUCCUACACUGCAGAUGGAGGUUGGGUUGAGAACUGCCGUGGCUUAGUCUCGGUAUCAGGUCAAACUACCUCGGACGAACAGCUCGCUCAGGACUGCGUCAAUGAGUGGAACGCCUCAUGCUCAGCUGACGCAGACGAUAUGGACGUUCAAUUAUUUUACCGCAGUGUCGACGCCGUUGGCCUUACGUACGGACCGAUGUUUCAGGGUCUCAAGGAGAUUAGCGUCGACCGUCGGUUGCCUGGCAAAGCUGCCGGAGUGGUUGAGGUCACUGACACCAAGUCUGUCAAUCCGAAAGGUUAUGAGUAUGACCGACUGCUACAUCCUGCUACUUUGGACACUUUCUUGCAGCUAGGUCUGGCUGCGCUGGGUGGUCCCGAACUCAAGCAACUGAAAGGCGCCAUGAUACCUACGUACAUCGAAGAGAUUUCCAUUUCCACCGAUAUAGCAGCUCAAAUUGGUGAGCGUCUCAACGUCGUAGCGAAUGCUCAACGUUUCGGCGCACGACAAGCUACUGGCGACAUAUUCGCGUUGGACCCGAUGACUUUGAAGCCUGUCGUUCUCAUGGACGGCUUCAAGUUCGUCGCCAUCAAUACGAACACCACAUCUAGCGAGCAAGCGUCCCCUCCAAAACACUGUUACAAGGCGGUUUGGGAGCCAGAUGUUGAACUUAUCGACCGUGAGCAUCUCAACCGUGAACUGCAAGCAGCACCGAAACCAGAUGAACGGCCGAAGACUGUCAGAGAGCUGGAGCUGCUUUCUUACUACUUCAUCGACAAGGCAUUGCAAGAAGUCAGAGCCAACGAGGAGUCCACAAUGUUGCCACAUCAUCAGACGUUCUAUCGCAACCUAUGCGAGUUACGCGAUGCGGUGCUAGCGAAGACGCAUCCCCAACAGACAGAUGAAUGGCAGCAGCUACACAGUUCGGAAGUUGCAUCAAGGCUUGAGGCCAUGGUAGAACACUACCGCAAUCAUGAGACGGCGUACGAUGGCAAGCUUCUUGUUCGCGUUGGUGAGGCCCUGCCAGCCGUCUUCCGACAGGAAAUUGAGCCACUCGCUUUGAUGACGCACGAGAACCUACUCGAGGACUACUACACCACUGCCGUUGGCAUGCCAAACACAUAUGCUCAGAUCUCACGCUAUACUACUAUGCUUUCGCACAAGUACCCCAAUCUGGACUACCUCGAGAUCGGCGCUGGCACUGGUGGCGCGACAGUCCCGACGCUCAAAGGCUUGAGCGGCUGUCAAGACCUCCACACAUACCCUCGCUUGAAGUCGUACACCUACACGGACAUCUCAUCCUACUUCUUCCAGCGCGCCGCGGAAAAGUUUGAAGACUUUGCACAAUUCAUGAAAUUCAAGAAGCUGGAUGUUGAGCACGAUCCAGAGACGCAGGACUUCAAGCCAGCCUCUUACGACGUCAUCGUUGCGGCGAACGUGCUCCACGCCACAUCAGACAUGCACCGUACCAUGACGCAUGCGCGGAAGCUUCUCCGACCAGGAGGAAGACUCAUACUUCUUGAGAUGACGAAUCGUCUCCUUGCUGCUUCAGUCAUCUUCGGCACCUUACCUGGAUGGUGGAAUGCGUCUGAAGAGUGGAGAACUGGCGGGCCUCUACUCACUGAAAGCCAAUGGGAGAGCUUGCUGCGCUCAACGGGGUUCAGUACUCUUCAAGCAAGUAGUCCAGACGUUUUGGACCCGCUCGAGGAGGGUACAAGGCUGAUGAUUGCGACUGCGGUUGAAGCAAAGCCGACCCUAUCGAACGGUGUGAUUACUCCGCCAGAAAGACCUCGCUUCGUCAUCCUGUGCGCCGACUCACGCAUCCGGAUGAGCAGGCUGGACAUGCCGUUAGCUCUCAAGAGCAAACUGGAGAAAGCCGGCUUCCAAGCACAGCUCGCGACAGUCUCCAAGCUUGGCCAGCAAGAUCUCGCUCAUACCAUCUGCGUCAGCUUUGUCGAGCUUGAAGAGCCUUUGCUCGCUGAUCCCACUUCAGAAGACAUGAAAGCCCUCCAAUACAUCGCCGAUGCAUCGGCAGGUUUGAUCUGGGUUACACGCGGUGCGGCGUCUUCGGAUGUUGAACGUCCUGAACUUGCUGUAUUCCAAGGUCUUGCGCGUGCGUUGCGAGCUGAGAAUGAGAGCUUCAAGUGCGUCACAGUCGAUUUAGAUGCCAGGACGAACCUGCCUGCUCUCAAGGUCGCCGAGUCGCUUCUCAGCAUCCAUGAGAAGCAACUCAGUACUGAAAAGAGCGCUACUCUGGUCGACAGCGAAUUCGUCGAGCAGGGUGGCAUUCUUCGCAUCAAACGUGCGAUUGAGGAUGAGAAGUCGAAUGAGUUCCUGGUUGGUCGGACUAAUGCGACGGCUUUACAGCCGCAGAUGGAGAAUGUACUUCAGAAUGGUCGUCCACUUAAACUCCACAACGUCAGCAAAGGCGCAUCAGACGUGGCCGUCUUCGAAGAGAAUGUGCGCUUUGCGCAACCUAUUGAAGCUGACGAAGUCGAAAUCGAGGUUCGCGCUACGAGCCUCAGCUCCAGCGACAUCGAGAUGCUGGAUGGAGAUGACUACGAUGGCAAGCUUGGACAAGAGUGUGCGGGUGUCAUCACAAAACUUGGCCAUGGAGUGUUGGACCUUUCGGUUGGCGAUCGAGUGGUAGCAUGGUAUCCAGGCACGCUCGCCACCCAUGUGCGCGUGCCAGCAGCCUUUGCGCACACAAUUCCCGAUGGCUUGGUUUUUGAAGUCGCAGCUACAUUGCCGCAGGCGCAUGCGACUGCUCACUAUGCGCUCAACCACGUCGCGCAUCUACGAUCCGGAGAGACUGUUCUCGUUCAUGAGGCCGCAGACGCCGUUGGUCGAGCUAGUAUCGAGACGGCCUCAAAGGCAGGCGCAAAGAUCUUUGCUACAGUGCGAUCCGACGAAGAGAAGAGCUACCUUGCCAAGGCCUAUGGCCUCGAGAAAGUCCGUAUCUUUUCCAGCCUCGAUCUCAAUUUUGUCACUGCGCUUCGGCGCGCGACCAAAGGCCGCGGUGUUGAUGUCAUCCUGAACACCCUGACUGGCGAGACAUUACAAGCGACCUUCAGUUGCAUCGCGCCUUUUGGCAGAUUCGUAAAUCUCAAUGCACCAGGGACUGGCCGACUGGAGAUGGCGCCAUUCGGUCGCAACGCAUCCUUCUCAUCAGUCGAUAUGGCGUUGCUGUAUACGCAAAAGCCCAAGCUUGCGAGUCGAGCAUUCCAUGAGGCUAUGAGCGCUGCCACCGAGAUGAAGAUGCUCGACCGUAGCGCUGCGGAUGUGUUGCCUUGGUCCAAACUGAACGAGGCUGUCAAGACGUUGCAAGAUGCGAGUCACGAUGAGCAGGUGGUAAUGGUACCGCAGGCUGACGAUCAAGUUCUUGUAAGUCACCAUCCGUGUAUCGAUGUCGAAGAUUCGACUAACAAGUUUCAGGUUGCCCAGAGACCGCCACCCGCUAUCUCUUUCGACCCAUCAGCUUCCUACCUCCUCGCUGGCGGUCUCGGCGGUCUCGGACGAAGCAUCUCGCAAUGGCUCGUCACCCACGGCGCAAAAAACCUCAUAUUCAUUUCCCGCUUCGGCGCAGUAUCAGAAGAAGCUCAAGCAUUCCUCGAAUCCCUUCACGCCUCGGGCGUCUGCACUGCCAUUUUGAAGUGUGACGUAUCCGACGCACUCGAGCUUUCCAACCUUCUUUCCGAAAACCUGCGCUCCUUCCCACCGAUCAAGGGUGUAAUACAAGGCGCAAUGACCCUCAACGACUCCCUCUUCAGCACAAUGACCUCGCACCAAUGGACUUCAACUAUCCUCCCCAAGGUCCACGGCUCCAAAAACCUCCACGAGACCACCUUAUCCCAACCACUCGAUUUCUUCGUUCUCCUCUCUUCCCUCCACUCCUUUAUCGGCAACCCCGGUCAAUCCAACUACGCCGCAGGCUGUGCCUACCAAGUCGCACUAGCCAAAUACCGCAACGCGCUCGGUCUGCCAGCUACAGCUAUCGACCUCGGUAUCGUCGGCGACGUAGGCUAUGUCGUUGAGAAGAAGGUUCAAGGUCGCAAAGUACAGGUCCAGGAGUUCAAGCACAUUCAUGAGAGAGAGAUGUUGGCGCUCAUCGAGCUGGGUAUUCGCGAACCGAUGAUGGGGCACGUCGUCACGGGUCUUGAUUCCGACCUCGAUAUCAGUAGCUUGGACGACGGGGAAGCGCCGUUCUUUGCAAGAGAUCCCGUGUUGAGUCAUUUACCGUACCUGCGCCCGCAUCUCAAGAUCGACGCGCCUGCUCAGGCGUCAGAUGAUGGUACGACGACUACAUCGCUAUCGCUCUCCGCGCAGCUCUCUUCCAGUCCGUCUGCGGAGGCAGCGAAGGAGUUCAUCCUCGCAGCGCUGCUCAAGAAGCUGUCGCGCAGUCUUAUGAUGGAUGUAUCGGAACUCGAUGCGAGUCGUUCGAUGAGCAGCUACGGGACGGACUCACUGGUUGCUGUUGAAAUCAAGAAUUGGAUUCAGAGGGAGACGAAGGCUACGGUUAGUGUGUUUGAGAUUUUGCAGAGUGCGAGUAUUGGGGGGUUGUUGGAUGGUGUUGUGGGGAAGUUGGGGCUGGGUGGGGUGUAG